CUCUCUUAGUGCCCUUGACAGCCAUUGUCCGCCGAUGAGUUUUCCUGCAGUUUUCUUGUCCCUUUGAGGUGACCUCUUGCAGCCGGCAGGAUGGGCAAGGAGGUGGUCAAGGAGGCACACUGCCUGAGCAUCGACUGCUCAUUGGACGACUGCAUAGACGAACAGAGCACAUGGAGGCCCACUAUCGGAUUCAUCGGUAACAAAAUGCCGCAAAAUUCUGUCAUCAGACUGGUCACUGCUGUUGAGUUUUCUGCGUGUGUGUGUUUGUGCAGGUUGCGGCACCAUCGGCGGCCGUCAUGUGGAGAAUUUCCUCGAGAAUGGUCCGUAUGCCUGUUGUGUUGCAAUGUCCGGUAUUUCAUUUUAUGAUGGCUUAUCUAUCGCAGGCUAUGCGGUUUGUGUAUAUGACAUCAGCGCCACCAGGAUGGCCGAAACGAAGGCCAUCGGCGCCAAGCUGACCGCCGGAUGCUACGAGUGUGCUGCUUCCAGCGACGUCAUCUUCACCUCGCUGCCCACCCCUGCCGACGUGUCCAAGGCCGUCCUCGAUGAAGAUACGGGCAUCCUACGCGCCAUUGCGCCCGGGAAGAUAUACGUCGACAUCACGUGGGCACAACAAACGUCUGCCAGAUCGCUGUGCCUUCUCCUUUUCUUCCUUUGAUGUGCAGCACUAAUUCGACAGCGAUGGUUCACAGAUUGUGUGGGGCGAUUGAGGCGAGGGGCGGCGAGAUGCUGGACGCCCCCUUCAACGACUGCCCUGUGGGGGCGACGAGCAUCUAUGGGAUGGGCCUGGCGGUGCUGGCCUCGGGCAACAUCGACACCUUCCAUAGAGUGCACCAUCUACUCGCCCUCAUGGCCGAUAACGUCCUCUACUGCGGGAGCAUCGGCAAGGGCACCGAAUGCAAACUGGUCCGUCCGUCAGGGAAAUGGGAGGGGGGGAGAUGGUCUGCGUAUAUGUUGUGGUGGUUCGGUGGUUGGUUGGGUGUGUGUGUGUGUCAGAUCCACAACGCAGUGAAUGCAGUAGCGGUGCAGGCCGUGUCUGAGGGCGUCACUCUGGGCCUCGCAGCCGGCAUCCCACUCAACACCAUUUGGGAUGGUACGCACAACAACACAUGACACAAUACAAAGCCGGCUGGCUGAUCGACGGAUGCAUUCAUAUGUGAGCUCCGUGUGGAUGGAUGCAGCUCUGCGUCUGGGCGCCUUCGGCCAGAAUGCCGGCGACAUUCACGGUGGGGGGUGGGUAACUACACUGGACAGACAGACAGGCAGACAACACACGCAUGGCACAGGCACAGGCACGUCGAUGUCUGUCUGCCUGUCUGUCUGUCUGCCUGUGUUGUCAGGCCUUCCGCACUACUGGUUCAGCCGUCGUAUGGACUCUGACGCCUGCCCGCCGGCCUUCACCGUCAAGCUGCUGCGCAAGGACCUGCGGCUCACGCUGGCCCUCGCCAAGGAGCGGGACGUGCCGGUGCCGCAGAUCAGCGCCACCGAGCAGGAGUACAUGGAGGCCGAGAAACGCGGAUGGGCUCACUGUGCUGCCACCAAAGGUAGGUGCGAUGGAUGCAUAGCUGUGGUGUGGCAAUGGUGCGGUGCACAUGUGGAUUGACUCCUCUGUUGUUCCUGUUGCCUUCGUCUCAGUGCGUUGUUUGCAGGAGGCGCGGGCGGGCGUCGUGGCAAGUGAGUGACGCGGGUGGCAUACACAUGACGUGGAUGGCUGGCUGGCUGGCAUGAGGGUUGUUGUACUCCGUUGUUGUUACUCUUCAGAGGGCGAUGUACCUUUGCUGCCACACCCCAUGAUGCAGUGCGGGUCCGCCCCGAGCUCGCCCAGAAGCGCACCCAGCGCCUCCCGCACAGCCAAUCGCAAGUCGGCGGCAUGCAUCAGCCGUGAGUGCCCCCUGUGGAUGGUGGUGGUGCUCGUGGUGGUCACCAAUCUCGUGCAGUGGGUACUGCGCGGUGCGGUGCAGGGGGAUGGCUGGUGGCUGUGAGUCAGUCAGUGAUUGCAUGGGGGGCUGUGUCUGUCUGGCAUGUCUGCAUUGCAAUGGGGGGCUGUGCAGUGCAAAGGCGUUUCGUGUGAGCACGUAAGUCUUGACGAGAGUUGGGGUGGGGUGGGUUGGGAGGGAGGGAAUCUCAUCGUGUUUUGGUGUCCUAUCUAGUAUCUCCCUGCAUGUCGCUCCUUCCUCGUGGCGCAUACAGUCAGUGCGACGAUUAUCCAUCAUCGCCGCGGUGGUUGCCUGUGCUCCGGGAAGAGGCGACAUGCAGUGAAGGUGCUGUCGCAUUUGGACCGCUGCUCGGCGGCAUCCAUCCAUUAACAGGGGGGAGGCAUGAAUACUUGUGGCUGUGUGUGUGAGUGCGUGUUUGUGUCUGUGUGUUGGGGUAAGCUGCUCGGUUGGCUGCUACACUGGUGUUUUUUGGCGCGACGCGCAGCUGCCUUUCUCUGUAUGGGUCGUGUGGUGCGUCGAUCUGGCUGAUGAUUGAUUCGCCUGCUUGGUGGCAUGCGUCAAGAGCGGGCUGUUUUCGUUUUGCAGUCACCAACAAGGCUGCAAAAACGAUUGCGCAUCGCCCGUCUGUUUGUACCUUUUUGCGUGUGCUGUUAGUGGCGAGGUUUUGCCCUGCGUGUCGGGCAGUUUUGACGCCCUGCGGCUCAGUGCGUGGGACGUUUUCCGCUCACCAGUUUUCCGAUGGUUGCACGUGGUGUAGUGUGUGUAUAAAGCUUGGAUGGCAAAGGGCAAGAGGGCUGCGUGGGGCUCCCUUUUUCCUGUCUCCUGUACAGACAGACACAUUCCGUGAGUCCGUGUGUGUGUGUGUGUGUGUGUGCCGAUUUUACAACGCCCACAUCACACACCCAUCAACCAACCCAUUUUCUGGUACGGCUCGGCUCCUUCUUCGCCACACUCUCUCUCAGGGCCCUCAGCGCGUGUAUUGUAAGCACGUGUGUGAGGGUGUGUCACUGUCUAGCAUGCUGCAUUUCCAUCCGUCCAUCGAGCCAUCUCUCUGUCUAUCUGUCUGUCUGUCCAUCUUUCUUACCACCAAGUGGAGGAUCGAGGGAUUUCACAUUUUCCUGCCUUGGCCCCGACCGAAUGUGCCAUGAUCCGUGUGUCCAUACUCACUGCUGCACGUUUCUAGUGUCGUGUUCUCAACGCGCGAGAGAGAAGAGGCGAGGGGGGAACCAUCCACACACGUGGGACGAGGGAUGGGACGCCAUUUUGUUAUACGUCGUGGAAGCAAAAAGACCCUUUUGUGAAAAGUCCACCCCAGUGAUGGAUGUUUUGCGAUGCGAACCGAGAUCACCCAAUUCAUUCCCU